GGGGCAGAGCCGGCUGGCUGGCGGCGGAGGCACCCUCGGAGCCCGGCGCCGGGCGGGGAGGGGACGUGCGACGGGGGACCGGCCCUGAGGCGCGGAAUGGAGGAGGAGAUGCAGCCGGCGGAGGAGGGGCCCAGCGUCCCCAAAAUCUACAAGCAGCGCAGCCCCUACAGCGUCCUCAAGACGUUCCCCAGCAAGAGACCGGCGCUGGCCAAGCGCUACGACAGACCCACCCUGGUGGAGCUCCCGCACGUGCGGCCGCCCCCGCCUCCCCCGCCGCCCUUCGCGCCGCACGCCGCCGUCUCCAUCAGCAGCAGCGAGCCGCCGCCGCCGCCGCCGCAGCAGUUCCAGGCGCAGAGUUCCUACCCCCCCGGGCCCGGCCGGGCCGCCGCCGCCGCCGCCUCCUCGUCGUCGCCGUCCUGCACGCCCGCCGCGUCCCAGGGCCACCUGAGGACUCCGGCGCCGCCCGCGGCCCCCGCCGCCUCGUCGUCGUCGUCCUUCGCCGCCGUCGUCAGGUACGGCCCCGGCCCGGCAGCGGCCGCGGGCAGCAGCAGCGCGGGUAGCGACGGCGCCAGCCUGGAGCUCAGCGCAGAGAGUCGUAUGAUUUUGGAUGCCUUCGCCCAGCAGUGCAGUCGAGUUCUUAGCCUCUUAAAUUGUGGAGGAAAACUUCUGGACUCCAACCAUUCUCAAUCUAUGAUUUCUUGUGUAAAGCAGGAAGGCUCUAGUUAUAAUGAAAGACAGGAACAGUGUCACAUUGGGAAGGGGGUCCACAGUCAGACUUCAGACAAUGUAGACAUAGAGAUGCAAUAUAUGCAAAGGAAACAACAAACUUCUGCCUUUUUGAGAGUUUUCACUGACUCCCUCCAAAAUUACCUGCUCUCGGGGAGCUUUCCAACUCCAAACACCUCAUCGAUUAGUGAGUAUAGCCACCUGGCCGAUGUGGAUCCUCUCUCCACCUCUCCUGUGCAUACGUUAGGUGGCUGGACCUCCCCAGCAACCUCCGAAUCCCAUGGUCACCCAUCAUCAUCUACACUCCCGGAGGAGGAAGAGGAGGAGGAGGAAGAAGGCUACUGUCCUCGAUGCCAAGAGCUGGAACAGGAGGUUAUUUCACUGCAACAAGAAAAUGAAGAACUCAGAAGGAAAUUAGAGAGCAUCCCAGUGCCCUGCCAGACCGUUUUAGAUUACCUGAAGACGGUGCUGCAGCACCACAACCAACUCCUGAUGCCACAGCCAGCUGACCAGCCCACCGAGGGAAGCAAGCAGCUGUUGAACAACUAUCCUGUCUACAUAACGAGCAAACAGUGGGACGAGGCUGUAAAUUCUUCAAAGAAAGAUGGGAGACGGCUCCUUCGCUACCUCAUCAGAUUUGUUUUCACAACCGAUGAGCUUAAGUACUCAUGCGGCCUUGGGAAAAGGAAAAGGUCAGUGCAGUCAGGAGAGACAGGUCCCGAAAGACGCCCUCUGGAUCCAGUUAAAGUCACAUGCCUCCGAGAAUUCAUUAGGAUGCACUGUACCUCCAACCCCGAUUGGUGGAUGCCCUCCGAGGAACAGAUAAACAAAGUGUUCAGCGAUGCUGUGGGUCACGCCCGGCAGGGGCGGGCAGUGGGAACUUUCCUGCACAACGGUGGCUCAUUUUAUGAAGGGAUCGAUCACCAGGCCUCACAGGAUGAAGUCUUCAAUAAAAGUUCACAGGAUGGAUCUGUGGAUUAGGAUUAGUGGACAGACUCUUCCCGCUGUAACAGCUGGUCCUUUCAGGAGCUCCAAUUGUGAAUGUCCAUUUACCAUCACCUGAGAGUCCAAAGCAUGUUGUUCAGUCGUACUUCACACAUUCUCAACCUUAAAACUCCCUUGACCAGAGUUCCCAAAUAGAAAUCCAUUUUAGGGUUUUUUGGGAAGUGUAUGGCACCUACAACAGACUUUAGUAAUAUUAUAUUAUAAAGAGAAACUAUAGUUGAUUUUAAGUGAUAACUGGCCAGACAGUGAGGGUGGAAAAAUAGGUGAGCUCCUAGUCACCUGUCCCACAUCUUCAGGUAAGCUCUGCUUCUUGAGCAGAGGUGGCUCCAAGGAAGGCUGGGUUAGUGUUCCUGCCCAUGAGAAAAGGCAAGACAUGGAGUUAUUUAAGAGACACGUGUUCUUUUAUUUUAAUUCAAGUAAAUUGUCCCAUGUUUUCUAAAUACUUGAAUUGUGAAUUCUCAGCAAAGACAUCACAUGGUGUCUGUACAUUACAAAGUCUAUUAUUAACAAGAAACCAGAGAACUGAGGCUAUUGAUAUAGACAGUGGUUAAUUGGACAUUAACUACUUUUCUGUUGUUUUACAAAGAAAACUUGCACUGUGUUGAUCCCAAAGGCACUAUAUGAUCUGUGGAGUUUACAAACAGUAGUCAUUUUUCAUUAAGCCAACCAAGAAACAUCCAAAGAUUCAAGAUCAUUUUCAGAUGUUUGAUUUCUUGGUUCAUAGACGCAUAGUUUCCAUAGCCUUAAGUCCGGCUUCAUCAACACAAUGCCAAAGUGGUGGGUUGAACAGUAAGAAUUCCACUGGUUGGU